AUGAAGCCGCUUAUGAUUAAAAGUUUAGCCAUCGAGAAUGACCUUCGAAGUGUAAAACUUUGGUCCAGGUCGGAAUGUCGUCUCUGGACGAUAAACUUGUUUUUGGGUACUUGUGUUUUAUAUGCCGCCCGAGUCGCACUUCCACUGUGCACAGCAGCAGUAGCUGUGGAAUUCAGAUGGAACAAGAAUGAUUCGGGGACAGUGUUGUCAUGCUUCUUCUGGGGUUAUGCAUGUACGCAACUUUUUGCCGGUGCUUUCGCCGACAGAAUCGGUGGUGAACGGAUUUUAUGUGUUACAACCUUUCUCUGGGCUGUUCUGACAUAUCUUACUCCAAAACUUUUUGAAUUUGCAUAUUUAUCAACUCCUAAUCCCUUGUAUUUGGUAGUCUUAGUGCGAGUUUUGUUUGGCAUUACUCAGGGUUUUCAUAUGCCAUCUUUGGCAUCAAUAACGUCAAGACAUUUAUCACACAGUGACAAAGGACGAGUCUUCGGUAUUUGCUCGGCCGGCUCUCAUCUCGGAACAGUUAUCGCUGCAGUUUUUGGGUCAUUUUUAUUGGACGCUUUUGGAUGGAGAACUUUAUUCCAUUUUAUGGGCACCAUUUCAUUGUUAUGGUGGGCUUCUUUCCGUUGGCUGGCUUCGUCACAAACUGUACAUCGAACUUGGUCUCUGUCACCAGAGAAGGGGAUUGAAAAAGAUAAGGAAUCUGCCGUGAACGAGAACCUCAAAAUUCCGUUGAGGACUCCAAUUUCUGGACGAGAAUCGAGCAGCAAAGUACCUUGGGGAAUUCUUUUAAGAAAUCCGGCUUUUUGGGGAGCAGUGGUUGCACAGUACUGUGGGGCAAAUGCAUAUUAUACGAUGUUCAGUUGGUUACCGUCAUAUUUUGCUGAUACUUUUCCGACAGCAGUAGGGAUGGUAUAUAACGUUGUUCCAUCUGUAUCCAUUGUUAUCACAUCUUUUUGUGCACCAUUCCUGGCAUCCCACCUCACGACACAACUUCAGUCUUUGACGAAUACUAGGAAAAUUAUGGAAGCAUUGUCGCUGCUUGGGAUGGCCGUUUCGCUCACUUUAGCCUCUUUUUCUGAUCAUUUUUACUCAUCUUUGGUAUUAUUCACUAUAGCUAUGGGAGCAAGGGGUUUUCAUCACGGCGGCGUCUCGGUGAACCCCUGUGAUUUUGCUCCUUAUCAUACGGGAACAGUUUUUGGUAUAUUUAAUGCAUUUGCUUCUGUAACGGGCUUUCUCGGUGUCUACAUAGCUGGAUGUAUACUACACGAGACUGGUAAUAAUUGGGCUUACGUUUUUACACUUUCAGCCAUACAGUGUGUUGCUGGCGCUGCAGUUUAUGCCUACCUUGGUACUGGUCUGAGAAUCAUAUGA